UCGCUCGAUCGUGAUAUAUCAUGUGGCAUUAUCGAACAAGCCUGGGGGAGAGGGGGGGCGAAUUUUUCGUCACUAUGACGCGCUUUGAUUUUAUUCCCGUCCUUCCUGUUUAGUCUGUAGCGUUUCUGUACGAACGAGGCGGAAGAGGCGUGUUUUCGUCUGGAUACACGCAAACACAACUGUAAAUCUACAGGGAGCGAUCCCGCACCCGCUGCUUGCGAUCACGGAGCGUUUAAAUCUACAAUUAAAGUGGAGGAAAUGCUGUAAAAAAGAGGGUCGAGUUACUUUUUAAGGUGACUUUAGGUCCAGACGGCGCACGUCCGCUUAGUGCUCCCAACGAGAAAACUGCUGGUCUAAGACGGAAACAACGGCGAAAACAGACCCGACGUCUUCGUCCACUCCCGUAGAGGACCGCACGAUCUCCUUUGGCCCAAGACUAUAGGCACCCAGGCGCAAUCUAAGAAUAUAGUGUUCGAUGCUGUCAGAAUGGGGAACAGCAGUAGUGACAGAGCCAGCGGGGGUCAGAGUGAACGAGGGAAAGAGGCCCGCCCCAACAUCCUGAUUGACAGCACAGAGGAUGCAGAUAUUUUCCAGAGAGAGGAUGCAAAGGUGCCACAGGAGGAACAGGAGUUUCUGGCCUGGCAGCAGGACCUGGAAAGUGACAGUAAAUGUCCAACACUUGCCAGGCCAACAGUGUUCCGCUGGACCGGAAGCGCCAAAGAGGUCUUUGUGUCUGGCUCCUUUAACAACUGGUCCACCAAGAUCCCUCUCAAUAAAAGUAAGAACAACUUUGUGGCAAUCAUGGACCUGCCUGAGGGAGAACACCAGUACAAGUUUUGUGUAGACGGACAGUGGACGUUGGAUCCAACAGGGGCUGUGAUCACUACAAAAACCGGAACCGUUAAUAACAUAAUCCAGGUGAAGACAACCGACUUUGAGGUCUUUGACGCCCUGCGAAUUGACUCUCAAGAUUCUGCAGACAUCUCUGACUUGUCCAGUUCCCCUCCCGGUCCCUACCAGCAGGACGCCUACGUUGUGAAAUCAGAAGACAAGCUCAAACAUCCUCCUAUCUUACCUCCACACUUGCUCCAAGUGCUGCUCAACAAAGACACAGGGAUCUCGUGUGACCCAACGCUGCUUCCUGAGCCCAACCACGUGAUGCUCAAUCACCUAUACGCCCUCUCCAUCAAGGAUGGCGUCAUGGUUCUGAGCGCAACUCACAGAUACAGAAAGAAGUAUGUGACUACUCUUCUGUACAAGCCCAUAUAAUUUAUUUGAGUGGAUUGUCAUGGUGAUGGUGUGGCCCCUUUAUAAUGCUGUUUUAAAUUCAUAAUUGUAUGUUUUAUUUCGUUGUUGUUGUUUUUUUAAAUCACAGUAGGCCUCAUUCAUUAAUAAAUGCGUAGAAAUGUUCUUACUCUACCAACAAGUUAAGUAUACAUAAAAUCAUUGUCAGAUUUAUGAUUUGUGUGUACCGGCCCAUUUUGUUUGCACCACCGUGCCUGUGUUGAUUCAUCCAAAUUCAUUCAAAUUGAAGGUUCUCACUCUAAUUUGCAUAUGGCCCGCCUUCAUUUAUUAAUAAUUAUAAAUGCAAAUCAGUUUGGCGGCAUCUCAGCCAAUGCCAAAGGUGUAUAAGACACAAGAGAUGGCCCCAAAGUGUUCUGAACUUUCUUCAUCAUGAUCCUGUUAUUAAAAGGUUGGUUUCAUCGUAAACCUUGCAGAACACAAAAACAGAGACAACAUAUCACAACACGUUUUUUUGUGUGUUCAUUACGACUUGCUGUGUAUCUUCCUGAAUGUUUUAUUCCAAUUGCAUCUGAUUGCAAUUUAGUUGAAGCAUGACCAACAGAUUAUGCCGCCUGGUUAGCAGAGGUGUCGAAGUGAAAACCGUGCCACUGUUUGACUUUAGCCACAGCUUCCUCGUUCUUUCACUUUCCCGACCUGGAUUUGACAACUUUGCUGGUCAGACAUUCAAUUACCAUGUCGUUUUAUUUUGGUGUGUGAAAAUUCUUGUGGAUUUCUUUAUACCUUUCGUCUCUGUGAACCAUAUUUAAUCCGAGUUGCCUCGAGUUUCAAACCAAAGAAAUACAAUUGCAAACACAGACAUAUGGGGACCAAUAAUUACGUUUCGAUCCAAUCUAUCCUGAUUCAUUUGUAACAAUUGUUAGGGGUUUUUUUUACUUUGUUUUUUUUUUUUAAACUUGUGUCCAAAUGAUAAAUAAAUGUGCAUUUUGGUAAGAGCA